UAAAUUAAAUUCUAACCCUUCCUAUCGUUCCACCUUCACCUUCUUCCCCAAAUAUCUCUCCACGUCUCUCUAUCUUUCUAUCAAUAUUCAAGAAAGUCUCUUCCUUUUCUCUCAGAAUUCGGAAAUUGUUCGUUUUGCUAUAAUGGCGGUGGAUCUUCUAUCGGAAAAUUCUAAUAUGAGUCCAAGAAUCUCAUUUUCUCGUGACUUUUGUCAAUCCGAUGCAAUUCCGAUCGAGAAACGUCCCUUACGAUCGUCGAAUUCGAAACCGUCCAGUCUCAAUUCAAGCAUCGAUUUCGAUUUCUGCAUUCCCGGCGGCGUAAACUCCGCCGAAAGCUUCGACCAAGGCUCUUGGUCCGCCGACGAACUCUUCCGUAACGGACAAAUCUUGCCAACAGAAAUCAAGAAGAAGAAGAAACCCGAAUCGCCACCGCCCGAGAAACGCAAUCCGGGUCAGAAAGGUCCCGAUACCGGUCCAACCGAACCGACUAAACCGGAUUUUAGGAAACAGAGGAAACCGGUUGAAGAAGACGAUGACGUCUCCGUAACGGAGGAGAAACCCAAUACGAAGUCGUUUUGGGGGUUUAAGAGAAGCAGCAGUUUAAACUGUGGAAGUAGUUACGGACGGAGUCUAUGUCCGUUACCGUUACUAAACCGGAGUAAUUCGACCGGUUCUACGUCGAGUAAACCGAAACAGAGCUCGAGGAAACACACAACAGAGCAUAUAAAGCUACAACAAUCGUCGUCUUUAUCAUCAUCAUCAUCUUCUUCUUCUACAUCGAGUAACAGUAGCUUUCAGAAACCGCCAUUGAAGAAAAAUUACGGAGGUUACAGUUAUGGAAGCCAUGGAGGAGGGAUUAGAGUGAGUCCGGUUAUAAACAUGGUCCCUUCUGGGAAUAUGUUUGGUUUAGGAUCUAUAUUCUCUGGAAAUGGAAGAGACAAGAAUAAGAAGAGAUAGGUUUUUUGAUUUGGUAAGAAAAUAUAAUAUUCCUGGGAUUUACUACUGUUUGAUUCUUCUUUUUCUUUCUUCUUCUUCUUCUCUGAAACUCUGAAGAUUUUCUGACAGUGUGUUUUGUGGGUCCUAUUGCCAACCUUCUUUCAGUCUUUUUUAUUUUAUUUGAUUUAGAUUGUUGUGGUGUAAUUGUUUUUUGUUUGAUAUGUUAGUUUGUCUUUAUCAAUGUUUAAAUCUAGAUUUUUUUUUAA